AUGCCGCCCAAGCUGAACCUUCUGGGGCGAAUGGGUGGCGUGGCGAGGAAAAGGGCAGCAAAGGAAUAUGUCUGCCAACGUACACUCACCUGUACUCAAAGGCGAUUUGCCUCUUCAGACGUCCAACAGCCAGCGGCAGCAAUAUCUUCGGCCGAUGAGAUAUCCAGCGCUCGCAAUUACUGCCUCGAUCUGCUGCGGAAAUACGACACUCCUUCAUCGCUGCUGUUGCCGUACAUCCCGAGCCACGCGAGAGAUGCCUAUGUCGCUCUACGCGCAUUCAACGUCGAUGUCGCCCGGACGGCGGAUACGACAUCGACCCAUACAAUCGGAUCCAUGCGGCUGCAAUUCCAACGGGAUGCUGUGUCAAAGUCGCUGGCAGGCUCGCCGCCGAAGCAACCGAUCGCUUUACUGUUGGCGCAGGCGGCCGACGAUCUCUCACGAACAACGGGAGGCCGAUCCAAGUUCAGCAAAAGCUGGUUCAUGCGUAUCAUCGACACGCGGGAGAAAUACCUUUCGAAUCCGCCCUAUCCAGAUUUGGAGACUCUGGAGAGGUAUGCCGAGAACACCUACAGUACCCUGCUGUACCUGACGCUCCAAGCACUUCCUAUGGCUAGUGUUACCGCGGAUCACAUUGCUUCGCACAUUGGUAAGGCUAUCGGAAUUUCCGCUGUCUUGCGAGGCCUGCCACUCCUCGCCUUUCCCCCUUCACCGAAUCAUCACAGCAAUCAGGGCCAGUUUCCAGGUGAUGUUGGUCCCACUCGGCACGGCUCCGUGAUGCUUCCUGUGAACGUCAUGGUUGAAUCUGGUGUUCGAGAGGAGGACGUACUUCGAAAUGGCUCCAGUGCCACUGGGUUACGGGACGCAGUCUUCACGGUGGCGACGAGAGCAAAUGAUCACCUCAUCACUGCACGGCAGAUGCUGGACAACAUCCGAGCAGGACAGGAUGCAGGCCAUGAGUUCGAGCAUCAGGAUGAAGAAGAGCACGUCCACCUGCCCUCCAUUGGCAAGAGCGAAACUCAAGCUCAAGAGGUCGAGCGGGCAUUUGGAGUCUUUAUGCCUGCGAUAGCCACCCAAAUGUGGUUAGACAGGCUGCAGAAAGAGGAUUUCGACAUCUUCCAGCCCAAGCUUCGGGUCACCGACUGGAAGUUACCUUUCAAGGCCUAUUGGGCUUACAGCAGGAGAAAGAUAUGA